AUGGCCUUAGCCAGCGGUCACUGGCUGGAGAAGGAGACGAGAGGAGAAGCCCCGAGUUCGAGGUACGGACACGCUUCAGCUGUGGCAGGAAACGUGGCCUUUUUGUUCGGAGGAGCGUCCAGCAUCAACCAGGAGAACAUCCCUGUUUACUUCAACGACUUCUACAUGUUAACAGUGUCUCCUGAUGAUGUGUCGUGGGAGGAGAUUCCUCAGAGUGGAGACGUUCCCCCGGCCAGAGAAGGACACACUCUGUGUGUGGUGGGGGGGAAGUUGUUUCUGUUCGGCGGCGUCUCGAGUCCCGAAGCCUCCGAGUGUCUCUCUGGAGUUUACAGCUUCGACAUCGUGUCUCUGACCUGGGAUUGCUUAGCAACUGGGGGCGUGGCCGUCAAAACCCUGAGACACAGCUCUGUUGCCGUUGGAGACAACAUCUAUGUUUACGGAGGGAUUCGUGGAGGGAAUCGAACCGACGACCUCCUGGUCUUCAACACAGUGUCUCUCUCCUGGACGCCAGUUAAAACCAGUGGCUCGCCGCCUCCUGCUCUGUGCGAUCAGAGUCUGGCUCUGGUCGGGGAUCAGCUCUUCAUGUUCGGGGGUCACGGAGCAGGUGGAGACUUCUGUAAAGAGCUGCAUGUCCUAAACACAGAGAACCUGUUGUGGCAGAAGUUGGAGGUGAAGGGAGACACACCUGCAGCCUGUAGCAGACACACACUGACUGCUCACCAUGAUAAAGACAUCUACUUGUUCGGUGGCAGAAGCUUCAGCGAGGACGGCACAGAGACAUCGUCCAAUGAAAUCCACAAACUCAGUAUCGCUAAGAUGAAGUGGAAGGUUCCGCUGUACGUCGGGAUUCCUCCGGCUCGUCGCCACGGACACACGGCGUUCAUCCUCCACAGUCACCUGUAUGUGUUUGGAGGACAGAAUGAAGAGCAGGAGUUUAACGACCUGAAGGUGAUGAAACUCAUCAACCCCUCAGAGAGACAACCUGUGAUGAAGGAGAUCCUGUCAGAGUUCGGGCUCCAGGGCGUCAGUCACAGUUUCACUCCCACUAAGGUCCCGAACGUCCGCUACGAGCUGAGCGAGUCGGCUCCGUGCAGCCAGAGCAGGAACCCAGCUGCUGAUCCUCAGGCGUUUGUCCACAGAGACUUCAGUGCAGUUCGGGAUCAGGCCAUGAAACAGAUCCAGGCGGCCUUCGCUCUGCUCGACCACGAGGUCCACAUACUGGAUCGAGAGAAGUCUGAUUUGUGGAAAGCUGCUGCAGCUCUGCAGAAAGAGAAAGAAGCUCAUGAGGUUCACAGACAACAGCAGCAGCAGGAGCUGCAGGAGCUGCUGGACAGACAUCGCUCUCAGAACGAGACCUGGCUCCGAGCCCGAGCCGAGGAGAACGACCGUGAGAGGAGAGAACUGUGCAGAGUCCGAGAGGAGGUGCAGCAGGAGCAGGAGAGACUGAAGGAGGAGCAGAGCAGCAUCCAGAAACGCAGCGAACAUCUUCUGUCCAUCAUGCAGCAGUUCAAAGGGAUGUGA